AAAAAGAAAAGAAUAUCUAAAGCCCUUUCUGGAUUGUAUAUAAGACCCACCACAUCUGUGUGUUUUUUCCCAGCGUCCGAAUUGUUGCUUUUCCACGAUGUUCAAACAAACAAUGACGAUUUUGCAAAAGGCCUCGAGAGAACCAGUGGUUCUCGGCUACAAGAACAUGCUUAAAGACCCAUCUACGAAGUACAAGCCGGCGUUUACCUGGCCUAGCAAAACCAUCACAAAGGCCCCAAGAUGGCUGUCUACGGACUUGAGAGACGGUAACCAGUCUCUGCCGGAUCCGAUGAGCGUUGAGCAGAAGAAGGAGUACUUCCACAAGCUUGUCGACACCGGAUUCAAGGAGAUUGAGGUUGCAUUCCCAUCUGCUUCGCAGACGGAUUUCGACUUCACUAGAUAUGCCGUUGAGAACGCUCCAGAUGACGUGAAGAUCCAGGCGCUUGUUCAGUCGAGAGAACACCUCAUCAAGAGAACUGUCGAGUCUUUGACCGGUGCUAAGAACGCUACUGUUCACGUCUACUUGGCUACAUCAGACUUGUUCAGAGAUGUCGUCUUCAAUAUGUCCCAGAAGGAGGCUGUUGAGAAGGCUGUAUGGGCCACGAAAUUGGUUCGCUCUUUGACCAAGGAUGAUCCAACUCAACAAGCUACGAAUUGGACGUAUCAGUUCUCUCCAGAAUGUUUCUCCGACACUCCUCCAGAGUUUGCUGUUGAAAUCUGUGAAGCUGUGAAGGCUGCUUGGGAACCAACGGUGGAAAACCCAAUCAUUUUCAACUUGCCAUCUACUGUUGAGGUUGCCACUCCAAACGUGUAUGCUGACUUGAUCGAGUACUUCAGUACCCACAUUUCUGAACGUGAAAAGGUUUGUAUCUCUACACACUGUCACAACGAUCGUGGAUGUGGUGUUGCCGCCUCUGAGUUGGGUAUGCUUGCAGGUGCUGAUCGUGUUGAAGGUUGUCUCUUUGGUAACGGUGAACGUACUGGUAACGUUGAUUUGGUUACAGUUGCUUUGAACAUGUACACCCAAGGUGUUUCUCCAAACCUGGACUUUUCCGAUUUGCAGUCCGUUAUUGAGGUUGUUGAGAAGUGUAACAAGAUCCCAGUUCCUGCUCGUGCUCCAUACGGUGGUGAGCUCGUUGUCUGUGCAUUCUCAGGUUCUCACCAAGAUGCCAUUAAGAAGGGUUUCGAGGCACAGGCCAAGAGACAAGCUAAGGGUGAUCACUUCUGGAGAAUGCCAUACUUGCCAUUGGAUCCAAAGGAUAUUGGCCGUGACUACGAGGCUGUCAUCAGAGUCAACUCUCAGUCCGGUAAGGGUGGUGCUGCUUGGGUCGUUCUGAGAUCUCUCGGUUUGGAUCUUCCAAGAGCUUUGCAAAUUUCCUUCUCCACAGCAGUUCAAAACGAGGCUGACAAGUUGGGCCGUGAGUUGAAGUCUGCUGAGAUCAUCGACUUGUUCAAGAACAACUACAACUUUGACAACGUUGGCCCACUUGCCAUCGGUGAGUACGACGUUGUUAAGAACCCUAACGUUGUCGAUGGCAGAAUCUUCCAAGGUGAGUUCAUCGUUAACGGCGAGGCUCACAAGGUGCAAGGUUUUGGUAACGGUCCAAUCUCGUCCUUCCUCGAUGCCCUCUCGCAAUUCACAAACGUCAGAUUCGAAGUAAAGAACUACACAGAGCACUCUCUCGGUUCCGGAUCAAACACCAAGGCCGCCACCUUCAUCCAGCUCGGCUACCUCGACUCUGAGAACAACAGCAACGUUAAGUGGGGUGUCGGCCUCCACGAGGAUGUCUCUCUCGCUGCAUUGACUGCCAUCGUCUCUACUGUCAACUCUCUCAUCACAUCGGGCUUGAAUAUAUCCAUACAUGGUGAACUGAAGGGGAAAAAAGAGGAGGAGAGGGACUCCAUUGCGCUCAUCCACUAUGGUAUACACAGGAAGCCCAUAUUAGGGAGUCCCGAGUCGUUAGUAACAAUUAAAAACAAGAAUACAACCACAAACAAUGCUUUGUUCUUAAUGGAAACCGUCGAUUGUAGUGAAGGAACCAUGUGAUGGUUAGCACAACACUAUCACACACCCACACACAGAGCAAAUCAUCCAACUCACUACGCACAACGCUUAGCC